UCACUGCAAUGUCAUGAUGUCGCCAUCUCCUCUGCCAUGACUGAUUCCCUCCGAUAUGGAACGGGACGUGUGCACAGGAGGUGGUGACGUCACGGAAAGUGUGGUGUUGAUGUUUUGGUCAGGCGGCCGUGCUGAUGUCAGGUUUAGCCGGGUUAUCUGUUCUCUAGCAAACUUUAGAGCUGCGUCUUCGCUCGGAGAGGGCCUCAAGACGUGCAGGAGGGCGUGUCUUAAGUGUUGCACGCACGCACGUGUCCGUAAUGUAGGAGGUGUGACGUAAUUGUGUGUUUAAGCCGGCGGGAACAAUGACAGGACGUCGCGUCAGGCUCGGCCUGUGCUGAGGUGUGAAUCCUGCCCCCCUCCCCACCUGAAGGGAACGGACCACAACUUUCUCAGGAAAACAGCACCGCAGAACGACGACACACGGGAAGGAGGGCCAGAGGGACGUCAGAGAUGGAUGUUUGUUAGUUAGUUAGUGAGUUCCCAGGAAGCACCAUGGACUGCCAGCUGCCGCACCUGCCGCUCCACUACGAUGACUCGCCUGACUCGCCGCCGGACAGGCUCGCCAAUGGUUACCAUAGCGACGACCCCGACCAUGGGAGGUCAUCGCCCGAACGUUACCUCAAGGUGUCAGACGUACAUAGCAGCCACAGUGCAGACUCGCUGAGUCAGCGAGACUCCGGGACGCGCUGGACCCUCCCGAGACUGAAGAGCUACGAUGCCGUCGUGUUCGACGCGCUCAAAGUCUCGCCUGAGGAGUUCGCUUCCCAGAUCUCGCUGCUGGAUUUGCCAGUCUUCAAAGCCAUAAGUCCCGAGGAACUACUUAGCUGUGCGUGGAAUACUAAGGAGAAAGUUCGGCACUGCCCCAAUGUUGUAAAUAUGACCAGGAGAUUUAACCAUGUGAGUUUUUGGGUGGUGCGGGAAAUCCUGACAGCGCAGACCCUGAAGAUCCGCGGAGAGACUCUCAGCCACUUUAUAAAGAUAGCCAAGAAACUGUUUGAGUUGAACAACAUCCACUCCACGAUGUCGGUGGUGUCCGGCCUUCGGAGCGCUCCCAUCUUCCGACUCACCAAGACCUGGGCACUCCUGUCCAGGAGAGACAAGGCUGUGUUCGAGCGGUUAGCCGAGGUGCUCACAGAAGAUGAGAACAGACAGAGGCUGAGAGAUUACAUGGAGGACAUUCGGCUGCCCUGCAUCCCUUACCUGGGGAUGUACCUGACAGACUUGACCUACAUCAACGCUGCCCAUCCCCACUCAGGCGGGCUCGAGAGCGAGCAGAGGAGAACACAGAUGAACAACAUCUGCCGCAUCAUCUCCGAGUACCAGCAGUCCAGCUACGACCACCUGCCAGUGCUGGGGCAUGUGCAGAACUACCUGCGCUCGGUGCACUACAUCGAGGAGCUGGAGAAGUUUGUAGAAGACGACAACUACAAGUUGUCCCUGAAGAUCGAGCCCGGCAACAGCAGGCUGCAAAGAGUGGCCAGAGAUGAUUUAUCAGUGAACGGCAAAGCUGCGCUUACCCAGAAGGCUUCCAGCCCGUGCACCCCGACCUCCGCACCCCGAUUCGUCCCGACACAUCGCAAGAGUCGCAGCCUCGGCACAAAGAGGAAACAGGAAAGACGUAAACUCACACCAGAUCACUGGUUACCAUGGCAACCAUCUCUAGUCAGGACUGGUUCAGGUGAUGUUAGCUUCCUGUGCCAUACAGUCCAGGCAGAGGCCAACAGCCCGCCUCCCCCCACUGGUGCCAAUGGUUCGCGCCAUCUCCUUGACGACAGCGUUCUGGAAGAGUCUCCGGGGGCGUCCAUGGAGGGUUCUGUAAACGGCAUCUCACUCGCCCCCCCGCGGAGGGUGGUCCGACCCGUCUCUCCCCCCCUGCAUGUCCGCCCGAGGAGACUGCGCCCCCCUCGCCCCCGUAGCCAGUCCUGCGGGGGGUCCCCCCUCCUGCCCCCCUCCCCCGGUACCCCCCCGGAGGAUGACCCCCCUCCCGUUGCCGGCUACCUUUUCCCGCGGACGGCGCGGCGCCUGACCUCGCCGUGCCUCUGGUGUCUGCCGGCGAUCGGCUUCCCGUACCACCACGGAGGGAGCAGUGAGGGGUCAGAGGUCAGUGAUGAGCAAGAGGUCUUCAACCCGGACAGCCCCUACUGUGAGAGUCCGGAGUCCGACUCACCCCGAGAUGUGGCAGCUUCCCAGUUUCCUAUACAAGGGUUCUUGAGACGUAAGACGAUACUGAAGAACGGCAGCAAGCCUCGCGUGGCGCCGUGGACGCGGUACUGGGUGGCGUUAUGGGGAACAUCGCUGAUCUACUAUGCUGCAAAAUCACUGCGGGGACAGGACAGGCACCAUUUCAAGUCGACCCCAGGGAAGAUCGUGUCCGUUGUCGGCUGGAUGGUGAUCCGAGGAGACAACCCAGUCCAGCCCGACGUCUUCCUUCUCACAGACUCAGACAAAGGAAACACCUACAAGUUCCAGGCAGGGAGCCAGCUGAAUGCCCACCUGUGGUCCCAGCACCUGGGGGAAGCUACCAAAGGGGGGCAGAAACAGGGGCCAACAAACCUCAUGUCUUUUGAAUGACUACAAAUAGACUAAUCGACUCUGACUAACCGAAGCCAACGCUGCUGCGAAUAUAACCUGCUGGUGCUAGAAGGGACUGGAUAACAUCAGAAUGCUGCAAUACGGCUCCUCUACUGAUGUGCAAUUCUGCAUACCAGAAACAAUGGUGCAAUUCAGCUGGACAAUGUUGUUUUGUGCAACUAUGCUCUGUGAGAAACACUAAUAGGAAACACCACAGACUUCAGUACUGGCCAGUCAUGAGUGGGGAACUUCCAGGAAACACCAGACUUCAGUACCACUGGCCAUACAUGUGUGGGGAACUUCCAGGAAACACCAGACUUCAGUACUACUGGCCACACAUGGUUGGGAACUUCCAGGAAACACCAGACUUCAGUACUACUGGCCACACAUGGUUGGGAACUUCCAGGAAACACCAGACUUCAGUACUACUGGCCACACAUGGUUGGGAACUUCCAGGAAACACCAGACUUCAGUACUGCUGGCCAUUCAUGAGUGGGAACUUCCAGGAAACACCAGACUUCUGUGCUACUGGCCAUUCAUGAGUGAGGAACUUCCAGGAAACACCAGACUUCAGUACUACCGGCCAUUUAUGAGUGGGAACUUCUAGGAAACACCAGACUUCAGUACUACCGGUCAUUCAUGAGUGGGAACUUCCAGGAAACACCAGACUUUUGUACUGCUGGCCAUUCAUGAGUGGGAACUUCCAGGAAACACCAGACUUCAGUACUACAGGCCACACAUGAGUGGGAACUUCCAGGAAACACCUGACUUCAGUACUACAGGCCACACAUGAGUGGGAAACCUCCAGGAAAUGCUCUUGACUUCCAGUACUGCUAAUAAUUCAAUGGUCUGUGAUGUUAACUUGUCUCUUGGAGACUGUCCUGCUUUGGGGAGGAUUUUCUUCUUGAUGGUGUGAACUGAUUCAAGAAUGAACUCCUUAAACAUUGACUUUUUAAGGGGUAAGCGACAUGAUCUUAGAAAUAACUUUUACAUGAUUUUAUGAGCCACUGAAACUGACUCAAGCAAUUAGCUGCUCAAACGAAGGAAUGUGGGCUUGCUGUGUGAAUAUUAGGUUUGAGAAGACUGCAAUGAGUAUGUGGAAAUUUUUAAGCCAGAAAGGUCGGUUUGUGGCCCUUCUGUGGGUUUGCCAGUGGUUCAGACUGCCAUAACCAGAGGUUCUCGGUGACAGGAGGAGCAGAAUGCAGCUGACACCAACAAGGGGGGGAUUGUGUCAAGGGGGUGUGAAACAGCACACUCUGUUCCUUUUGUAGGGAUGUGCCGACUGUGUGGGAUGUGCCGACUGUGUGUUGUUCGCUUCUCACAGGGACUAAACCAGCUGCGGUGCUACUUUAACUUUGUCAUGAUGGCACCGUAACAGGGCAUUGUGGGUGAUGUUCACUCACAACAGCUGGGAAAAUCACUGAGAACUUGGAUUUGUGGAAAUUGGUUCUGCCCAUACCCUUGUAUAACAUGGCCAUAUUUGUACCGUAUGACCGUAUUUGUACUGCAUGGCCAUAUUUGUACUGUAUGACCAUAUUUGUACAUCAUGGCCAUAUUAGUACUGUAUGACCAUAUUUGUACAGCAUGGCCAUAUUUGUACUAUAUCACCAUAUAUGUACUGCAUGGCCAUAUUUGUUAUGUAUGACCAGAUUUGUACCUGAACAAAGUUGUUUUAGCAUGCAGUCAUGACCUGAUGUUUUAGAAAAUUUUCACUCUGAGACAAAACAAUUUGCAAUAUUGUACAUUAUUCUGUACCAGCCUUUAUGUAGUCCUGUGUUUGCUGUGCAUUUGACUCUAAGACUUCUUACUGUUCUGCAGACAAAACUGGAUGUUUUUAUUUCUGACCAUCACUGAAAACUACAACUUUGCACACAGAAAUUAUGCAGAGAUUCUAAUUAUGCAAGUAGAUUUGCCACAUUCUGUGUAAGCAAUGGGAAUGUGGCAGUGGAUCCCGGUGGACUGAGUUUUUUUUAAACAUUUAAAUGGAUUCACUUCUAUCCUCAUCUGUAUAUAGUAAUGAUAAGUUUCAGUAUUUUCAUAAUGAGGGGCUCACGGCCAGUUGCAUAACUUAGUCAUGUAUUUACUGCUAUUCUGAACCCACAUUGUGCUCAGGGCAGGGGCGUGGGUUCUGAACCCACCCUUGUGCUCAGGGCAGGGACGUGGGUUCUGAACCGACCCACAUUGUGCUCAGGGCAGGGACGUGGGUUCUGAACCCACCCUUGUGCUCAGGGCAGGGACGUGGGUUCUGAACCCACCCUUGUGCUCAGGGCAGGGACGUGGGUUCUGAACUCACCCUUGUGCUCAGGGCAGGGACGUGGGUUCUGAACCGACCCACAUUGUGCUCAGGGCAGGGACGUGGGUUCUGAACUCACCCUUGUGCUUAGGGCAGGGACGUGGGUUCUGAACCCACCCUUGUGCUCAGGGCAGGGACGUGGGUUCUGAACCCACCCUUGUGCUCAGGGCAGGGACGUGGGUUCUGAACCCACCCUGUUGCAAGGGGCAGGGACGUGGGUUCUGAACCCACCCUUGUGCUCAGGGCAGGGACGUGGGUUCUGAACCCACAUUGUGCUCAGGGCAGGGGUGUGGGUUCUGAACCCACCCUUGUGCUCAGGGCAGGGACGUGGGUUCUGAACCCACCCUUGUGCUCAGGGCAGUUGCGUGGGUUCUGAACCCACCCUUGUGCUCAGGGCAGGGACGUGGGUUCUGAACCCACAUUGUGCUCAGGGCAGGGAAGUGGGUUCUGAACCCACCCUUGUGCUCAGGGCAGGGACGUGGGUUCUGAACCCACCCUUGUGCUCAGGGCAGGGACGUGGGUUCUGAACCCACCCUUGUGCUCAGGGCAGGGACGUGGGUUCUGAACCCACCCUUGUGCUCAGGGCAGGGACGUGGGUUCUGAACCCACCCUUGUGCUCAGGGCAGGGACGUGGGUUCUGAACCCACCCUUGUGCUCAGGGCAGGGACGUGGGUUCUGAACCCACCCUUGUGCUCAGGGCAGGGACGUGGGUUCUGAACCCACCCUUGUGCUCAGGGCAGGGACGUGGGUUCUGAACCCACCCUGUUGCUAGGGGCGGGGCUGUGGGUUGGUUGACUUUCGUUAGGAAGUAUGUAGAGGCAGACUAACUAAAGGUGAGAUGUGGAAUGAUGCUCUCCUGUGCACAGGCAUGAUGUAGGCACUAUUGUACAGGGUUUUCUUUGAAUUUUGAGUGUUGUAUUUUUAAUUCAACUCAAAUUAACUUAUUCUGCUGCUUAGAGAUCACCAAUAUUCAGGAUAUUUUUCUUAACUCUGGUAGACUGUAUCAGAAGGAUUAUGGGUACAGUAGGGGAUUAUGGGUACAUCAGGAGGAUUGUGGGUUUGUUAUAAUUUCACAGUCCAAGAAACGAGGGGCGACCCUCAUAACCACUUUG